CGUCUCAAAAUCGUUUCCCCUCUCAUCUCUCUCCUCCGUCCCACGUCGGUGCCGUUUGCCGUCGCAUUACGGCGGCGAGGAUUCGUUGAUACAAUCGGAUUCUAUACCAGCAGCUGUGGAAAAGAAGUUGCGUAUCUGUCAUCGGAAGUACUCCAGCUUUGCAAAAUUUAUCCAGUUUCACGAACAACCAGUGAAAAACAUUAGUGUCUUUGACAGGUUUACAAGAUGAUUGGAUCCUUUCUUACCAGAGGGCUCGUAAUGGUGUUCGGCUAUGCAUAUCCAGCUUAUGAGUGUUUCAAAUCAGUGGAGAAGAACAAGCCUGAUAUUGAACAACUUCGUUUUUGGUGCCAAUACUGGUACGAUACAUUUUAUGUGUGUCAUGACAAUCUAUUCACAAGCUUGGUCUGCUUGGAUCUCAAACUGGAUAAUGAUGUUUUCAGGAUCUUAGUUGCUGUAUUGACUGUUUGCGAGCGGAUUGGUGACACUUUUGUUUCAUGGGUCCCAAUGUACAGUGAAGCAAAGCUAGCGUUUUACAUAUACUUGUGGUACCCCAGAACAAAGGGUACAACUUAUGUUUACGAUUCCUUCUUCAGACCAUACAUAUCAAAGCAUGAAACUGACAUUGAUCGUAACUUGAUGGAACUGAGGACCAGGGCUGGAGAUAUUGUAGUUUUGUAUUGGCAAAGAGCUGCGAGUUAUGGUCAAACAAGAGUUUUUGAUGUUCUUCAGUACAUUGCUUCACAAUCAACCCCGAAACCACGCACAUCUCAGCCACCUCAAACGGGUAGAGCUCGUCAGCCUGCACCAAACCGGCGAGCACCACCUGCUGCUGUACAGCAGACCAAGGAACCACCAACUCCCGCUUCUAGCUCCUCCUCGUCCUCCUCAUCAUCGUCGGAUUCAGCUUCUCCUCAAAUAGACGACACAGAAUCAGAGGGCGUACCACCUACUCCAACUUCUCCGGCUACCGCCUUGAAAGCACAAAAAACAACCCCAACACACAGCCUAGCGGUGACUGCAAAAGCUCAAAGCUCCAACGAAGCAGAGAUGAUGGAAACCGAACCGUCAACUUCAUCAAACCCUAUUCCAUCACCUAAAGAAACGAUUAUAGAGGAGGUGGUUCGGGUCUACACACGAGGUAGGUCGAGGAAAAAUAGUGCGGCAUCGGUUCAAUAAUAUGUAUGCUUGUAUUUGGAUUAGUUUGGUAAAUGUGAGUAUUUAGGAUUGAUGGUUGUAACAUGUUUUGUGUAUUUCUUGCUUUUAAAACCGUCUUCUUUUCAUAAGGAUUAUCACAAUGGCUAAAGAAAAGCCA